AUGUCGAGCAUCGACAGAUACCGGCCGCUAAGAGAAGGCUAUCAACCGCCGUCGCUUCCACCAAAACCACAGGUCGCUGCCAUCGACCGUCUGUCGAAGUCACCAUCAAGGCGACGCGAUGUACCCCCUGCCGUCCCCUCGCCGCCCACCCAUUCCUCGAGGACGUCCCCACCCCGUCCACUUUCGCGCAGGAGCGCGCCCUCACCCGCCCGGUCCAGUCCGCUACAGGCGCCGCAGCCGUUGCCAGACCAAUGGUUCUUUACCGCAGACGAGGUGCUCAGCACACCUAGCAUAGUUGAGGGUCUCCUACCGAGCGAGGAGAGGCUCAGGAGGGCUAAGGGUGUGAAUUUCAUCUACCAAGCCGGCAUUUUGCUCGACCUGCCGCAGAUCACAUUAUGGGUUGCCGGCGUCUUCUUCCACCGGUUCUACAUGCGGUACAGCAUGAUGGAGGAGAAGGGAGGCAUCCACCAUUACAACAUCGCAGCAACCGCCCUCUUCCUGGCCAACAAAACCGAGGAAAACUGCCGCAAGACUAAGGACGUCAUAAUUGCAGUCGCCAAGGUGGCGCAGAAAAACACAAAGCUCAUUAUCGACGAGCAGAGCAAGGAGUACUGGAAGUGGCGUGACAGCAUCCUGACCUACGAGGAACUGAUGCUCGAGGCGCUGACAUUCGACCUGACGGUGGACAAUCCUUACAUGCGGCUGUACGAGUACUUUGGCCGGCUCGAUCUGCUACACAAUAAACGGCUGCGCGACUCGACCUGGGCCUUUUGCAACGACGCCUGCCUGACGGUGCUGCCGCUCAUGCUUAACGCGCGUGAUAUCGCCAUCGCCGCCAUCUUCUUCGCCACGGCCGUCACGGGCGAGAAGAUCGACGACGUCAACGGCCAGGCGUGGUGGCAGUACCUCCGGGGCAGCGAGACGCACACCGUACGCGCCGUACAAUUUAUGACGGAUUUCUACAAAGAGAACCCGCUACGUAAGCAAGACAAUAACAAAGUACCCGGCUCGCCCGUGUUCAAUCUCGAGAGCACCCGCCGCCGCGGCGAGCUCAGCCUCAGCCAGAUGGACCUUGACUCGAGCCAGUACGGCACCCCGACGCCGUUGGGGACCGACCGGGGCGGCACGCAGAGCCCCCCCCGGCCAAGUGGUGGCGCUCGGCAAAACGGCAAGGCCGAGAGGGAAAGUAGUGUUGCCAUCAAGAAGGAGGACCUUGGCGAGUCAUCGGCUCCUACUACUAAGGUUGGAGACGAGCCGUCAGCGAGCGGCGAGGAGCUUGCGUCGCAGACGAGCGCCAGGGGUGACUCUGAUGCCGCGCUUAAGGCGGCGGCUAACGACCUCUCGACGCACGACACCCACAGCAGCACGCUUAAUGGCAGUACUGGCGGCGGCUUGGUCUCGCCUCGGAUCAAGAGGAGGAGUGAGGAGCCGGAAGAUGGGGAGGAGAGGGAGUCUAAGAGACAGAAGUUGGGAGAUGAGGACGGGGGAGAGAUUAAGGGGUCCUGA